AUGGUCGAAAAGCCUCAAACCCCAUUGUUUUCAGAAAUCUUAGCGGGUAGCGUGGGCGUCUUCAACAGCACUGGCCUGUGCCACUGGCGGUCCGUGGACUGGUCAAGGAUCACAUCCCACGAGGAAGAGAGUCUCAUCAACCCUAACAACCUCGAGUCCUCCUCCAACUGCACGUGUGAUCCUCUGUGCUCGAGUGGGUGCUGGGGAGAGGGAGGUGACAGCUGCCUCAGCCUCGAAGCCUGUUCUCCAGAGUGCCACGGGUUCCCUUGCUUUGGCACGCGCCCCGAGGAGUGCUGCCACCCUUUCUGCGCUGCCGGGUGCACGGGGCCUUCGAGUAGGGAAUGCCGGGCCUGCCGUUUCUUCAGUGACGAUGGCGAGUGUGUCCUGGAGUGCCCCUCCGUAUUCCAGUACAAUGUCACGACUUCUUCCUGGGACACAGAUCCUCAAGGGAAGUACUCCUUCGUCAACAUGUGCGUCGAGGACUGUCCUACGCCCCUGCUUAAGGAGGGAGGAACGUGUGUCCGGGAAUGCUCGCAGGGGAAGAGGGAGCAGGAAGGGGUGUGUGUUCCGUGUGAAGGCCCCUGUCCUAGGGUCUGUCACGGCGUCGGUGUCGUCCAUGCUGGGAACGUCCAUUUGUUCGAAGGAUGUACGACCAUUCAAGGAUCUCUAAUUCUGUCAAAUGCAUCCUUCUCGGGGUAUGAUAAGACAAUGCCUCAUGAUACAGUUAUUCAAGGAUAUCCAGCCAUGGAUCCUAAAGAACUUGAAAUCCUUAGUACAGUCGAAGAAGUAACAGGGUACAUAGACAUCCGAGCAUCGCAUCCUCGUCUUGCAAACCUCAGCUUCUUAAGGAAUCUUGAAGUCAUUGGUGGCGAGAGUCUAACUGAACACUCGUCUUCAGUCCUUAUCACGGGGACCUCUCUGGAAAACCUCGGCCUCACAUCUCUCAGGACAGUUAAAGCUGGACACAUCAGGAUUACUGACAACACGAAUCUUUGUUAUGUGGAGAACGUUCGAUGGGGAAAGAUCAUCGAAGACAGUGAAGAGAGAGUACAUCUUAUGAACAAUGCUGAAGGUGGAAGCUGCACUGCUGCUAGUUCCGUGUGCCACGAGGCUUGCAGUGACGAUGGGUGCUGGGGACCUGGGCAGGAUCAGUGCCUUUCCUGCAAGAACUUCAGACUCCAUAGCACAUGUGUGGAGAACUGCAAUAUCUCCCGUGUCUUCCAGGUGAAUUCCAACACCUGUGACUUCUGCCACGAAGAAUGUGAAGAGCGGUGCUACGGCUUGGACUCCGACCAAUGCGAACGAUGUAAGCAUGUGGAAAGAGGAUCAAAUUGCGUUCGAGAAUGUUCCCCUGAGGAAUUUGAAGACAAUGGAGUCUGUCUUCCUUGCCAUUCUAGUUGCAUACACGGUUGCUCAGGACCGAACAAUAUCAUGGGUGAAGGAGGCUGUACAAAGUGUGCCAAAUAUGGUAUAAAUGACAACUUGGAAGUGACUCACUGUCUCCCUCAUGGAUUCCAUUGUCCAGAAGGAGACUUUUUCGACUGGUUGGUUCUCGAAGACAGCGGGAACGUAUCAUCAGGGUCUCGUUGUUAUCUGCAAUGCGAUUUAAAAUUUCCAAAGGGCAGCGGUGUACAGUAUGACUGCAAUCACCCUUGCCCUGAGGAGUUCCAGGCAUUUCAGGCUGUACCUGCAUGUAUUGCAGAUAAGCGACAUGCCCAUAGAAAUCUUGUCAAUAAGGUAAACAGACAAUUAAAUAGAGAAGAACAAUUUAGAUAUUAUAAUGCUUACAUCAGCACUGAUCGCCUAUAUGCUCAUAACCUUGCAACGGACCUUGACAGCCUCGGGGACACGGACGAAUUGCGCUUGUAUGGAAUGACCAUCGCCAUGAAAGACAAUGUUGACGUCGCCAACAUGCCACAUACUGCAGGGCACAGGAUGCUGUCGAAUUACGUCCCAAAGGAGGAUGCACCGAUCUCUUCUUCCUUAAAGAAAGCAGGAGCCAUCAUCUUGGGGAAGGCUAAUAUGCACGAACUGGCAUAUGGCGUAACUAGCAGUAAUGCAGCUUUUGGUCCUGUCAGAAAUGCGUUCAAUUCAAGCAAAUUUGCAGGUGGGAGCAGUGGUGGCACUGCCACUGCCGUUGCCCUUGGGUUGGCCGAUGCCGGCGUCGGGUCGGACACCGGCGGGUCUUCUCGGAUCCCGGCGGCGGUGAGUGGCAUCGUGGGCUUCCGUCCCUCCACGGGUCGCUACCCGCCCGGGGGCAUGACUCACCUCUCUUGGACUCGUGAUACCGCCGGCCCGAUGGCCAGAGACGUGCGCACAGUGGCGGCGCUUGACGCUGUCCUGGCUGGAUCCGCCUUCAGCGAGCUUCCAACGAUAAACCCGAGCGACAUCCGGCUGGGGGUGCCAAGGACUCACUUCUACCAGAAUCUCUCCCACGACGUUUCUGGUCGCAUGGAGGAAGUUCUAAAGAUUCUCUCUGCUGAAGGCAUCGAAUUAGUAGAAGCUGACAUGCACCGCGUGCCAAGAUUGACUGAACUGACCGGAUUCCCUGUCAUAUUUUACGAGUGUCUAGUCGCUUUCCAGCAACUCCUCAACCGAACAAAUUUGCCGGUGACUUUAAAUGAAUUUGUUGAUGGGAUUUCCAGUCCAGACGUUAAGAACAUCGUAAAAUCUAUUCUCUCCGACCCCGUCCCAGAAGAGAAGUACCGCCAAUCCUUACACCACUACCGCCUGUUGCUGAAGGAAGCUUUCCGAGAGUACUUCGACCUCAACCGCGUCGACGCCGCCAUCUUCCCGUCCGUGCCCGCGCCGGCCGGGGACGUCGUCGGGCGCGAGGACCCUGCGGUGCUCGGCGGGGAUCCCAUGGCCACGGUGGCGACCUACAUCCGGAACACGGACCCGUCGAGCAACGCGGGCGUGCCGAGCCUCGCGAUUCCGAUGGGCGUGAACGGCGAGGGCUUGCCGAUGGCCCUGCAGAUCGAGGGGCCGGAAGGGAGCGACAGGGAGCUGCUCGCGAUCGGCGCCGCCAUCGAAGGGAUUCUUCUGAAGAGUCGCGGUGUUUGAGAUGAAUUGUAUUAAUAUUUUCAGUACUGCGUUACAAAGCCUCAUAUUCGUUCUCCUGGAAUGAUAUAUAGUAAUUAUAAAGUGAAAAUCAGA